GCGUUUGUAAAGGUUCCUAGGAGUUGAGUCCCUUAUACAGUACUGGUCGCGGUUAAAGACGCCGCUUAUCUUGAUACCGGCACCAGUGCCGAUUGACGUCCAUAAGGUAUUACAGGUAUUAUUACCCCGCCGAACCCCGCCGUCGCUGAUUUCAAAGCGGUAUGAAACACAGCCAUCUCUUCCCCUCUAAACAUAGGUGCUUGGACACUGAAAAGUCAAUAUAUCCAUCAAAAUGCUUAUCACGCAGCAAUUGAAGCCCCGGGUGAUCCUCGGGUUGAUGACCUUUGGGCCUGACGAGUCCACUGGCGCCCGUGUCACCAACUUUGACGACUUCACCAAGUGUCUGGACUACUUCCAGCAGCAGGGAUACAAUGAGAUUGAUACAGCUCGGGUAUACGUUGGCGGCAAGCAGGAAGCCUGGACACGCGAGGCGAAGUGGAAAGAGCGUGGAUUGACCUUGGCGACCAAGUGGUACCCCAGGACUCCUGGUGACCACAAGCCCGAUGUUGUCCGCACCCAGCUCGAGACGUCUCUGAAGGAGCUGGGAACAGACACUGUUGACAUCUUCUACUUGCACGCGGCCGACCGAUCUGUGCCCUUCUCAGAGACCCUAGAGGCCGUCAAUCAGCUGCACAAGGAGGGAAAGUUCGUGCAGCUUGGUCUGAGCAACUUCACUGCAUUCGAAGUCGCAGAGAUUGUGACCAUGUGCAACGAGAGAGGAUGGGUCCGUCCGACGAUCUACCAGGGAAUGUACAAUGCCAUUACACGAUCUAUUGAAACUGAACUCAUCCACGCUUGCCGACGCUACGGUAUGGACAUUGUCGUCUACAACCCCCUGGCUGGUGGUUUGUUCUCUGGAAAGAUCAAGUCGAAGGACUUGGUUCCCCAAGAUGGCAGAUACAGUGACAAGGCGAAGUCCGGAGAGAUGUAUCGCAAGCGUUACUUCAAGGAUGCCACUUUCGAGGCAUUGAAGACGAUCGAGCCCGUGGUUGAAAAGCACGGUCUGACGAUGCUGGAGACGGCCCUGCGCUGGCUGCGCCACCACUCGGCUCUGAACAUCAAGGAUGGAGGUCGCGACGGUAUUAUCAUCGGUGUUAGCAGCCUUUCCCAGCUGGAGAGCAACUUGCGGGAUCUGGAGAAGGGACCACUUCCUGAAGAAGUGGUGGAAGCUUUGGACCAGGCUUGGCUGAUCACGAAGCCGACCACGGCGAACUACUGGCACUUGGAUCUGAAGUACACUUACAACACGCAGGAGGCUCUGUUCAAGCCGAAGGCCAAGGUUUAAUGGUCUGGGUAUCUUUAAUCUAGCGAAAUUUUAUUUUCUUU